AUGCCUCCCUCUAAGCGCAAUCGCAUCGUGCACACCUCCAAAACUCACAAGAACCGGAAAGAAUUGGUCCGCAGACUCGCUGCAAAUGUGCAAGAGGCCGCUGAACAGUACAACUAUAUCUGGGUUUUUGGAGUAGAGAACAUGAGGAACAACUUCCUCAAACAAGUCAGAUCAGAUCUCAGUGACUCAAGAAUAAUGAUGGGCAAAACAAAAGUCAUGAUGGUAGGACUAGGUCAGACCGCCGAGACCGAGUGUGUACCUGGUGUCAGUGCUUUGGGUCCUUAUGUCAAGGGCGAGAUGGGACUGCUAUUCACAAACCAAGAGCCGUCAGAGAUAGAACAAUACUUCCAAGGCACUCUCAACCUGGAUUAUGCCAGAAGUGGAACGAUCGCAACGCAAGAGGUCAGAAUACCACCGGGGGAGCUUCACACCAUGUAUGGAGUACCAGGCGGCGAGGAAGACCCCCUACCCAUCCAAAUUGAACCGACCCUUCGCAAGCUUGGAAUUCCCACUCGCAUAUUGAAAGGAAAGGUAGUGCUGGAGGAGCGACCGGAUGGAGCCAUGGUGGACGACGAUGAGGGCUAUCUUGUAUGCAGAGAGGGAGACACCUUGGACUCAAGACAAACAAACAUUCUCAAAAUCCUCGGUGUACGAAUGUCAGAAUUCAAGAUUGACCUGAAAGCCGUCUUUGAUAAGACCGAGGGUGCAGUACGUGAGAUUAACGGUAUGGACGUUGACGGGGCCGCUGUCUGA